AUGAGCUCGACGGUCCCCCACAAGACCUCCCUGCCUGAUGGCCUCCGUACAGGCACUGUGAUGAGGAUUCGAGGCAUUGUUCCUGACAAGGCCAGCAGGUUCCACGUGAACCUGCUGUGCAGCGAGGACCAGGGCGCCGACGCCGCCCUGCAUUUCAACCCGCGGCUGGACACGUCGGAGGUGGUCUUCAACAGCAUGGAGCAGGGCAAAUGGGGCGCGGAGGAGCGCGGCGCAGGCGUCCCCUUCCAGCGGGGCCAGCCCUUCGAGGUGCUGCUCAUCACCGCCGAGGACGGCUUCAAGGCCGUGGUAGGGGACACCCCCUACCAUAACUUCCGCCACCGGAUGCCGCUAACGCGCGUGCGCGCACUGGAAGUGAGCGGCGAUGUGCUGCUGGAUUCCGUGAGGAUCUUCUGA